GAAAAGGAAAAACUGCAGUUUGUUAGUGUGAGUUCGUUAAUGGGGGACUCAGACGAUGGCAAUGGAGUUGCCGGAAUGCCCCGUCUGCCUUCAGAACUACGACGGCGACUCCACCGUCCCACGCGUUCUCUCUUGCGGGCACUCCGCCUGCGAAUCCUGCCUCUCGAAGCUUCCCGAACGCUUUCCUCUCACCAUUCGCUGCCCCGCUUGUACUCAGCUCGUCAAAUUCCCUCCCCAAGGCCCCUCCGUUCUCCCCAAGAACAUCGACCUUCUCUCUUUCUCUCUCCCCCCCAACCCUAACCCUAAUUCUUCCACCUCCGAGGACAAGAGAUCCCGAAAACUCGGUCGUUUCUACGAUUUCUUGCCCCGGUUUUGGUCCGACGAGUUCUACGCCGCAUGGAAGGACUGGGUCCUCCCGAACGACGCCGUUUGGGUCGAAGAAAGAGGAGCGAAAGCGCGGGUUUGGUUCGGAGAGGACAAAAAGGUGAGUCUUGGUCGGGUUGUUUCUUUGCCGGAAUUGAAAGAUUCGAGCUUUGAGUUUAGCUAUGUCGUGAGGGUUAUGAAGUGCUUGAGUGGGAUGAAAGAGGAGGAGAGGAAUGAAUUGGGUUUGAUUCUUAGAUCAGGUUCAAUGAGGAAUUCUAGAAAGAUUGGUAGAGUUUAUGGCUUGUGGGGAAACUUGGAUGAUGGGUUUUUGUAUAUGGUAUGUGAGAGAAUGGAUGGUGGGAGUUUGUUGGAGAAGAUUAGUGAUUUGAAAAAUGAAUUUUGUGGGGAGGAAGAAGAGGGUUUAAGUAAAAUUGGGGUCUUUUCUUUUGCUUUGAUUGGCCUCGAAAUGAUUGAAGCAGUAAUGGGUUUGCACUCUGAAGGAUUCAUUUCAGGUUUUUUUGGUCUCUCGUGCUUUAGUUUUGAUUGCUUUGGUCAUGCUUUUGUAGAUAUGAAUGAGGUUUUGGUGACGGGACGGAAGAUUUGGAAGAGAAUUGCUGAUGCUGUUUUUGGUAGAAUGAGAGUUGAUGAUCAAGAACUGGAAGGGGCAAUCAGUGAUCUGUCGAAAGAUAAUGUUUUUUUGAGUCCUGAGUUGUUGCUUGAAUUAUUGCACAAAGAGGGUGUUGUUCUAGAGAGUGAGAAGUCGAGAUAUUCGUUUGGAUACGGUUCAGAUAUAUGGUCAUUAGCUUGCCUAUUGUUGAGGCUUCUUCUUGGAAAAACGUUUACCGAGGAAUCUCAGAAGAUGAUAAAAGAGAAUAAUUCUGAUUAUUUAGCACUGUAUUCAAUUUGGCCUGAAAGAGUUGGUUCUUUGUUGGAUACUCAGUUGGGGUCGGAAUAUGCAGCACUUAAGGAUAUUCUUUUGAAAUGUUUGAUCUAUGAUCCAGAAAGUCGUCCACUCUUGAAUGAAGUGAGGAAGUGCUUUAGGGAAAUAAUAAUUAAACCUCAAUCUGAUCUGGCCAAUUUAGAUGGGGCUGUUGAUGGGGAGAGCACCAGUUUUUGCAUAAUUCUAGGGGAACUGUGUAAGUUGCCCAAAGAAAUGUCUCAAACUCGGAAAGAAGGCAACGUGCAGGGAAUAGAAGCAAGUAGUGAAGCAGAUUUUGGUCAAAUAAAGGCGGAGAGAGUUGAUAAAAUUUUUGUUGAGGUUCUCUUGGAGGGAGUGGUCAAAUCCAAGGAUUUGCAAGGUCAUUGUGACUGUAUCACAGGAAUAACCAUCGGAGGAGGUUUUCUUUUCAGCUCCUCAUUUGAUAAAACAAUCCGUGUAUGGUCUUUGCAGGACUUCUCUCAUGUGCAUACAUUUGAAGGUCAUGAAUAUAAAAUUAUGGCUAUAAUUUAUGUGGAUCAAGAGCAACCCUUGUGCAUAAGUGGUGAUAGUGGAGGUGGUAUAUUUGUAUGGGCAAUUAGUACCCCUCUUGGGCAAGAACCAUUAAAGAAAUGGUAUGAGCAGAAGGAUUGGCGCUACAGUGGUAUUCAUGCCUUGUGCUUUUCUAAAAAUGGAUAUGUGUACACAGGAAGCGGAGACAAGUCGAUAAAAGCAUGGUUGUUACAGGAUGGUCUCCUCGCAUGCACCAUGAAUGGUCAUAAAUCAGUAGUUUCCACACUCACCAUAUGUGACGAGGUCCUCUAUAGUGGCAGUUGGGAUGGAACCAUCAGAUUAUGGAGUCUUAGCGAUCACACUCCCUUGACUGUUCUGGGGGAAGACACAUCUGGACCUGUGACCUCUGUCUUGUCUCUGUCCCUUGAUAGGCAUAUGCUGAUUGCGGCUUACGAAAACGGGUGCAUUAAGGUCUGGAGGAACGAGGUGUUUAUGAAAUCAAUGCAACUUCACAAAGGUGCAAUUUUUGCUACUGGCAUGGAGGGAAAAUGGCUUUUUACAGGAGGCUGGGAUAAAACUGUCAAUGUACAGGAAUUAUCCGGAGAUGACAUUCAUGUGGAUCCUAGACCAAUUGGAUGUAUUCCUUGCGGUUCUGUUAUAACAGUUUUAUUAUUUUGGCAAGGAAAGCUUUUUGUUGGAUCUGCCGACAGGCUUGUUAAGGUGUAUUAUUGUGGAAAAUGACUUGAGCUUCUCAUCUCAUGCCAUGAUUGUGCAUGAAGUGCCAAGCCAAACCUAAGAUCUCCUGCAGUUGUUGAGUAGUGAAAAUGCGAUGACAAAGAAGCAGCCUUGUUUCAACUCCCUCGUGCAUUUAUGGCAGUCAUUGAACUCCAGAAUGUUGGACACAACUCCAGAUCCGGAGCUUCCAGAAACUCGAUAAAAAAAAAAA